GCUCGUCGCUAAUGUAUGUUUUAGUGUGAGCUCGUAUCGACAGUUAAGCGCAAAUCCUCGAAUUAUUGUCGAUGUUUUUGUGUCAGAUGAAGGGAGCGGUCGCGUGAGCGCGCAGGAGGGCGUGAUGACUCUGACGCGUAUGACGUGGCGAGCUGGAUCAGCCGAACUCUCCUUUGCUUCAAUAUAUCAGAAUCGCUCCUGGCGCUUUCAAAACAACAUUAUUAUUCGAAAAUGGAGGUAAAUACGUGCAACAUCCAAGUGCUUCUGCAGGCAGCUGAAUAUUUGGAGCGGAGGGAAAGAGAGGCUGAGCACGGUUAUGCCUCCGUUCUUCCAUUCUACAGUAACGGAGUUUCUGAUAAGAGAAAGAAGCAGAAAUCAAAGAGCCAUUCAUCACCAGGGAACAGCAGGUCUGUUCACAACGAGUUGGAGAAACACAGAUUCAUCAAGAAACACAACCCUGAACCUGCUCCGUCAAGCACAACUGCAUAUCAAGAAACUCCAGGAGCAGGACGAGCGUGCCAAGCUGCUAAAGGACCGUCUGCGCUGGGAGCAGAGAGAACUGCGCACACGGCUAGAGAAACUGCAGGGCGGAUCUGAGAGGAUGCGAAACGACAGCCUCGGUUCAGCCGUGUCCUCGGAGAGAUCUGAUUCUGAGAGAGAGGAUGUGGAGAUUGACGUGGAGAGCAUGGUUUGGACUCUGGAGGCUGAUGCUCUGGGUUCUUCUCAUGCGGGCGUGGACCACAGCUACUCUACCUCGGAUCACGCCUGGUUAUGAUUUUAAGAGGACGACAGACUCCAAACCCCGAAAAGUUUGAUGGUCUUUACCAUCAUUAUCACAGAACAGCCUUACAUUUGCUGACUUAAAAAAAAAAAAAAAAAAAAAAAACAUCAGCCACAAACUUCUUCUCAUAAGCACGACUGGAAUUUCUUUAGUGCAGUGUAUUCUGUACACGAACGGCAUUAUGGUGCUCUAGUUUGCUACACACUCGAUGAGAUUCAAGUGUAACAAGUUUGCUGAUGAUUUAUUUCAACGGAAUGAUUUGUUUGUUUUUUUUGGAGGACUUGUUAUGAUCACAUUGUGCUUGCUAGUUGUUUUCUAUCCAGCUAAUGAGCUUCACUUCAGGGUCAGCCUGCAGUACACAUUGGCUUGCACUUAAAUAUUCCGCUUAUUUAAAUUUCUUUCAUGUCAAGUUUUAAUACGUUGCACAAAGCAUGAGCACUUGCGAUGUGUGUUGUUUGCCGAUUAUGUCCAUUCAUUUGCUUUCAGCAAACUUUGAUGUUACUUUUUUGUUCUAAUGGAAAACCGGGGAGGCUAAUUCAAAGGUUGUGCUGCAAUUCAUGUUUUCUUUUUGCGUUUAUGUUUGCGUUUAAGUUUGUGGGGGGUGAUGGUACAUCUUUUCACUUUUACUUCACCUUUAUUUACUGUUUAGGUUCACUCCAGUGAAUGAAAGUCGGUGCUAUUCGAACACCCCGAAACAAGCUAUUAUGUUGAGCCCAUGUUUCAGAAGCAGACAACAAUGAAGUGUUUUAUUCUAUAUAUAUAUUUUAGGAUUUAAUUUUAUUUGUAUAGUGGAUUUUCUGGAUCCUCUUUCCCCUAUAAUGUGUUAGUCUGCUCAUGUGAACAUUUCCUCAUUAUUUUUAUUGUUUGUUUUUUAACGCAUAACUUUAAACUGCAAUUCAGUAUGUUGGUAGUGUUGACAAAAUACAUGGGCUGUAUUUGCAAAUGGUUCAGUAUCUGCUCAUAUCUGUCAUUAUGCAAACUAUUAUAUGAACAUGCCUUUCGUGUUGUUUGUACAGCGAUUGUGUUUUAAUGUACACAGCAGAAAUGUACAUUGUAUAUACAGUUCUGAACACCAAAUGCCUUAUGAACUCUUCGUAUGUCAUUGGACCAGGAACCCCUUUGUAUUUAUGUCUCUCCUUGUAUUCAUAUGUAGCAUUUUAUUAUUUUUUACCAACAUAAGCCUUUUGUACAAAUAAAUAUUUUAUGUAUUUAA